AAAGUACGGAGGUGGCCGGACCUCAGCAGACUGCAAGCGCUUCACUGAGAGCUUCUUCUACUCUAAAGGAGCCUCUGACGAUAGAGACUACCAGCAAAGACAUUAAGAGAGACAAACGGCUAAGAGAGGGAAUACUUAAGGACUCCUCCGAAGACAGACUUUUCCUUACACCGAGAGCAGGAUUCCUUUUGAACGCGCACAAGAAAUUUAUCCAAGAUGCUGGUGCUUACUGUUGUCGUUGCCUUCCUCGGAAGCUUUAACCUGGUCCUCUCCUCCUCCUAUUCCUCCACCUCCUGCCCCUCCGUGUGUGAUUGCCCUCGGGAGAUGCCCCAGUGCGCACCCGGCGUGAGUGUCGUCCUGGAUGGCUGCGGCUGCUGCAAAGUUUGCGCCAGGCAGCUGAACGAGGACUGUAGUCUGACCGAGCCCUGUGACCACACUAAAGGACUGGAGUGUAACUUUGGGGCCAGUUUUGCUGCUGCUACUACUCGUGGCAUCUGCCGAGCCAAGUCAGAGGGCAGACCAUGUGAGUACAACAGCAGGAUCUACCAGAAUGGAGAGAGCUUCCAGCCCAACUGCAAACACCAGUGCACAUGCAUUGAUGGGGCAGUGGGAUGCGUACCGCUGUGCCCGCAGGAGCUCUCUCUUCCCAACUUGGGCUGUGCCAACCCCAGGCUGGUCAAGGUAGCAGGCCAGUGCUGUGAAGAGUGGGUGUGUGAGGACAGCAAGGAGACAGACAUCCUAGAGAAGAUCUUUGGCAAAGACUCAGUGAUGAAGGAUUUGGAAGAUGAUCUCACCAACAUGAAUGAGCUCAUUUCAAUUGUCAAGGGAGGGCUGAAGUCCCUACCAGCAUACAGACCACAGCCGGAAGUCCACCACAUGUUCGAGAGCCAGAAGUGCAUCGUUCAAACCACACCCUGGUCCCAGUGCUCCAAGAGCUGUGGAACUGGCAUCUCCACCCGAGUCACCAACAACAACAGUGAAUGCAAGCUGGUCAGAGAGUCGAGAAUCUGCGAAGUGCGGCCAUGCACCCAGUCACCUUACUCCAGUCUGAAGAAGGGAAAGAAGUGCAGCAGAACUAAGAGAUCGAGCCAGCCGGUGAAGUUCACCUACGCCGGCUGCUCCAGCCUGAAGAAGUACAGACCCAGGUACUGCGGAACCUGCAUGGACAGCCGCUGCUGCAGCCCCCACGACACCAGAACCAUCCGCGUCAAGUUCCGCUGUGAGGACGGCGAGACCUUCUACAAGAACAUCAUGAUGAUCGAGUCCUGCAAGUGCACCUACAACUGUCCCCAUGCCAACGAAGCCUCCUAUCCCUUCUACCGCCUCUCCAACGACAUCCACAAGUUCAGAGACUAAUUGGUGAGGAGCAGCCAAACCCCUCAGCGAGAGAAAGAGAUCAGCAGCAGCAGCAGCAUCAUUGGCAGCCAAUGGCAGUCUAGAUGAAAGCAGGGGUGUAAAUAGACCACCAAUCAACUACCAGCUUCUUGUUGUAACGAGAUUCCCAAGGAAUUGUUGGCUUACAUCAUGAGGACUUAAAGAAGUGCACUGUUUGCUGUGACUCAGCAUGCCUAAUAUGAACUGCUUCGUAUUAAUUGGAGCAUUUGAAGUAGCUUCGUUAAGGAGCAAGAUGUAAUUAAUAUUUGUACAAUAAUCUUAGUCGCUGAUAUCGAUUCACUGUGUAUAUUUUGAUCCCGUACACCAGACAUGACCCAAACUGUAGACUUGUGUGUGUAUAUGUAGAUAUGCACAUGCGCAACUUCAAUUAGCAUUAUCAUGUUGUAUCUUUGGUUUUUUUUUUUAGAGAAAGAAAAAAAAGACACCAGACGAUGAAAUGUAACCUCUCGACUUGUUUAACAGGCGCGCGGUUUCAUUCCUUCCUGACGUGGGCAUUAUUGUUCAUGUUUUGUGGCAGCUAUUGACCUCCCUUCAUGAGAAAAAAAGAAAGAAAAAAAGACAAAGCGAAACAUGUCAAAGGAUGAAUGAAUGUUUUUUUUUAUUAUUAUUGUUAUUAAUAUUAUUUAUCAAAAAAAUAAUGUAGCUACUUUAUUUGGAUAUUAUGUGUCAUACUGGAAUAAAUUGUAAAAUGAUUUAAUUUUAUAUGCUACAAUAAAACUGAUUUAUUUAUAUGAAA